UAUUGUAGUUAUUCUGAAGCUCCAGCUCCGUGUGUCAACAUGGCGGCCACGAUCACCCUCACUUCCGCCUUGUCUGUGUUGGUUCUCAUCACAGCCUCAGCAGCCGUUCCUUCAUUAGGGGACCCAUGUUAUGAAAUUGAUUUUGACGCAAUUAGCGUCAUCGCAAACGGGACGACAUGGACCAGACGUUGUCAUACUUGCGCCUGCAUCGACGGAGUCAUUGCCUGCGACGGUCCUUCUUGUGCGAACAAGUAUAAGCCGGAGUUCGAGUACAUGUGUACUAAGUGGAGUCCGGACAAUUGUUGCUGUGAUCACGUGGGGUGUAUGGUGGACGGAGUACCCAUCGACAUGAACGCCUGGUACAAGACAAGUGCUGACCCCUGUUUGGAGUGCCAAUGUGGUCUUGGGCAGAGGUCCUGUCGGUCGGAUGAGAACUGUGUUGCCACCAUCCCAAGCGCUGGUUUGGAUUAAACACCAAUUGAAAAGAAGUGCAAUAUCCUGUAGUAUUUGUUCUCAGAAAAUAAAUGUGUUUAAGGUCUGAUAAAAAA